CAUUUUCAAACAAGAGAAACAAAGUCUAGAAAGCUAUGGAAGUUGUGGAAGAUGUGGUGAUCAUUGGUGCUGGAAUAGCUGGGCUAGCCACUGCUGUAGCCUUGAAAAGAGUUGGGGUUCGAUCUUUGAUCUUAGAGAAAUCACAAACUCUACGAUCCACUGGUGCAGCCUUAUCUCUCUUUCCAAAUGCUUGGCUCGCCCUUGAUGCUCUUGGUGUUUCUGAUAAGCUUACUUCCAUUUAUCCUCCUUUCUCAAAGGGGACUGUGACUGAUGUGGCUACUGGAGCUGUUCAAGAGAUCAACUUCUACACAGGAAAAGGAAGCAAAGCUCAUGGACCCAGAUCAGUUCAUCGCAAAAUUCUAUUAGAGGCUCUGGCAGAAGAAUUGCCUGCUGAUUCAAUUCGAUUUUCUUCCAAGUUUACUGCUAUUGAACAGCAAGAACUUGGAGGUACUUCCAUUGUUGUACUUUAUUUGGAAGAUGGAACUACCAUCAAAUCAAAGGUUUUGGUUGGCUGUGAUGGGGUGAACUCGGUGGUGGCCAAAUGGCUAGGGCUGUCUGCACCAGUCCACUCAGGUCGAGCAGCAGUUCGUGGGUUGGCUGUGUUUCCACAAGGCCAUGGGUUUAAGCAAGAAGUCACACAGUUUGCAGAUGUUGGCAAAAGGGCUGGUUUCGUCCCACUAACCCACAAAGAAUUAUAGUGGUUUUUAACUUGCCUUGAAGGAGAAAACAUGGCAAGAGAUCCACUACUGAUACGGAAACAAGUGAUUGAGAAAUAUGCAGAGAAUUUUCCCCAAGAAUACUUAGACGUGGUUCGACAUGCUGAUCUUUCAAAUUUGACAUGGGCUCCAUUGAUGUUUAGACAUCCAUGGAAUGUCAUUUUUGGAAAUCUAAGCAAAGGAAACAUCACAGUGGCCGGCGACGCCAUGCACCCAAUGACAUCUGAUCUAGCACAAGGUGGCUGUUCAGCUCUGGAGGAUGCAGUUGUUUUGGGCAGACACAUUGGGAAUUCUUUUAUCCAAAAUGGAGGAGUACUUGUUCCAGAGGACAUGGCUCGAGCCAUUGAUGGGUAUGUGAAAGAAAGGAAGUGGCGAGCUGCUAUGCUUAUCACUGGGUCGUAUCUAUCAGGGUGGGUGCAGCAAGUCCGUGAUUCUCAAUGGUGGAAAAAAAUUUUAAGAAACAUUUUCUAUGCAUUUGUCAUGCCUAGGCUCUCUAAUGUCGCUGGUUAUGAUUGUGGGGCAUUGCCUAGCGUCUUUGCCGCCAGUGACCUGCAACAUUCCUCCGAUAAGUCGGACUAGAUCUUGAUAUCCUGAUGAGAAGAUGAAGAUGAACACUGGCUUGAAGGUUGUGAACUUUCUUCAGAUUUAGUUUAUCAGGGUUAAGAUAAAAGAAGAGAUAAUAAUGAAUGUUCUGAAAAUCAUAACGAACAUUCUGAUUUCAAUAAAGAUGGAAUCGAGUUAUGUAUCAGUUCCAUUAAUUUUGUAAUUGAAAAUCUUAGAUCCUCAGAUAAAAAAAGAAAAAAAAUUCUUAGAUUCAAAUUCUAAUCAGAAAAAUAAAACUAAUCUUUAUUAUUACCAAAUUGUGCUCCUGUAUUAAUAAACCCACGAGUGAUGUUGCUUCUCA